GUUUGGUCUUAUUAAUUAUAGGAAAAUUUAUCAUUCUGAAUGGUUGUUAUCUUGCACAAACACAACUGCUUGCUACCAGAGUUUUUUCAAAUGCAUAAUCCAAGAUGCCACUUUCUAAUUCUCUUCAUUCAACUUAUCUCCAUCAUUAGCUUUUGCCACUAUGUAAGAGGUGGAGAUAAUAACACCAGUGCUGUAAAGGUGGAUGUGGGUAUAAUUCUUGAUCUGGAAAGAGAUGUGGGAAAAGUAAUGCACAUAUCUAUUUUACUAGCACUUGAAGAUUAUCAUGCCAACACUAGUCGCGGUGACAUAAGGAUAGUUGCUCAUAUCAAGGAUUCCAAGAAAAAUGAUGUUGAAGCAACAUCUGCUGCCAUAUACUUGCUAAAGGAUGUCCAAGUACAAGCUAUCUUUGGGCCAAUAAUGUCUACACAAACUAAUUUUGUGAUUGACUUAGGGAACAGAGCAAAAGUUCCUAUCAUGUCUCCAGCAACAAAUCCUUUACUUACAGUGAAGGAAAAUCCCUUUUUCAUCAGAGGAGCACUUCCUUCUUCCAGCCAGACUAAGGCCAUUGCAGCAAUUGUAAAGAAGUUUGAUUGGAAGGAGGUUGUAGUCAUCUAUGAGGAUAGCCUCUUUGGAACUGGGAUAGUUCCACAUUUGACUGAUGCCUUGCUGGAAAUCGGCACUUCAGUCUCCUAUAGAAGUGUUAUUUCUCCUUCAGCAAAUGAUGAUCGAAUCCUCAGUGAGCUAUACAAGUUGCAAACAAUGCAGACCAGGGUGUUCAUUGUGCACUUGAGACCUAAACUUGCCAAACGCCUUUUCCUCAAGGCAAACAAAGCUGGGAUGAUGAGCAGUGGAUAUGCAUGGAUCAUCACAGAUGUGCUAACGAGUCUUCUUGACUCGGUAGAUACUUCAGUGAUUGAGUCAUCAAUGCAAGGUGUUCUUGGUGUAAAACCUUACAUUCCAAGAUCAGAUCAGCGUAACAGUUACACAAGGAGAUGGAGAAAGAGAUUCCGCCAAGAGUAUCCAGACAUGGACCAAAUAGAACUCAAUAUUUUCGGGCUAUGGGCAUACGAUAGCAUCACGUCAUUAGCAGAAGCAGUAGAGAAAUUGGGCACUACUGCUAUCCCAAAAUCAAAGAAACCAGACACUAGAGAGAACUUAACAGACUUAGAUGCACUUGGAACAUCAGCAGUGGGAUCUCUGCUCAUUGACUCUAUGCGAAACACAGAGCUAAAACAAGGAUUAAGUGGUGAUUUCCGUAUCAUCGAUGGAGAACUGCAGCCAGUCCCGUAUCAGAUUGUGAAUAUAAUUGGGAAAGGAGAAAAAAACAUUGGACUUUGGACGAAGAGGGAUGGCAUUUCGUGUGAACUGAAGAUGAAUGGUAAAACAGCAGCUAAGUGUAAUAAUACGCAACUAGGAGCCAUUUUUUGGCCUGGUGAAACUACUAUUGUUCCGAAAGGCUGGGAAAUGCCCACAAGUGGGAAGAAGUUAAGGGUUGGAGUUCCUCUCAAAGGAGGGCUGGAGCAACUCAUUAAAGUGGAUAGAGAUCCACAAACACAAGCAGUAACAGCAACUGGUUUCUGCGCAGAUGUCUUCAAAGAAGUCAUCCUAUCUUUGCCAUAUGCUCUCCCUUACGAAUUUAUUCCAUUUCCAAUACAAGAUCCCCUCACUCUUCCAGACUAUGAUGAUCUUGUUCACAAGAUCACUUCUCAGGAGUAUGAUGCAGUUGUAGGUGAUGUGACCAUUUUAGCGAGCCGGUCAGAGUAUGUGGAUUUCACAUUACCUUUUAUAGGGUCCGGUAUUUCUGUAGUUGUGCCUGUAAGGGAUGAUGAUAGGAAGAACGCUUGGAUUUUCUUGAAACCUCUAAAGAGCGAGCUCUGGAUUACAACCGGAUCAUUCUUUGUUUUCAUUGGUUUCGUGGUUUGGGUACUAGAACAUCGUGUAAACAAAGAGUUUCGAGGACCCAAACGCAAGCAAGUUGGGAUGAUAUUUUGGUUUUCCUUCUCAACUCUCGUUUUUGCUCAUAGAGAGAAGGUAACUAGUAACUUAACAAGAUUUGUGCUGAUAGUGUGGGUUUUUGUGGUUCUGGUGCUGACAUCAAGUUAUACAGCCAGCUUAACAUCUAUGUUGACACUGCAACAGCUCCAACCUACUAUAACAGACCUCAAUGAUCUCAUCAAGAAUGGAGAAUAUGUUGGGUACCAAGAAGGUUCCUUUGUCAAAGACGCCUUCAUAAAGCACAUGAAAUUUGACAGCUCCAAGUUCAGAAGUUAUAACAAAUUGGAAGAUUUUGAUGAUGCUCUCUCAAAAGGAAGCAAAAAUGGAGGUGUUGGUGCAAUUGUUGAUGAACUACCUUAUCUCAGACUCUUCCUCAACAAGUACUGCAGGAAGUAUAUUAUGGUCGGCCAGACAUACAGGGCUGCCGGCUUUGGGUUUGCAUUUCCAAAAGGAUCUCCUUUGGUACCUGACGUGUCGAGAGCAGUCUUGAAGGUGAUGGAGGGAGAGUUUAUGAAUAGCGUAAUACAGAAAUGGUUUGGGAAUGAAACAGAUUGUACACAGAAUGAUGAAACGGAUAUAACAUCUGAUAGCCUCACGUUAGAUAGUUUUAAGGGACUUUUCCUCAUAGCUGGUGUAUCAGCAGGCUCCGCUCUUCUCCUAUUCUUCCUCAACUUCGUUUAUCAGAAUAGAGAAAUCUUAGCCACUGAUGAUUCAAUAUGUAAAAAGCUUACUGCAAUUGCAAAAGUAUUUGAUCAAGAGAAAGACGACUCUAAUUCUACGUCAGAAGAGCCAUCUGAAAGCAAUGCACCUAAACUGCUCGCAGCUAGUGAAGCUUCUCCUGAGAUAUUGCCUGACCUUCCUUCGCAAAGCCCAGAAAUCAGAAUUUCCGAUGAACUAGGAGCAUCCCCUGAUGCUGAAGGGUUCUUUACAACAGAAACCUGGAACUCCAGUUCAGAAACCAUUACAGGCACAAUUGAAGAAAGAUGACACAAACUGUUGGAGCAAUGCCAUUGGCUGAGAGUCUGUUGCUCUGCAAAAGACGCGCACCAACCACAACAGGUGUUGCAAGUUGCAGCUUUUAGACCGCUGUUUUUUUUUAUGUGCAUCAGUCUCUCCUGAGAUUCAAAAGUUCGUUAAAUCAUCAAAGUUUCAGAGACACCUUAAAAUAACAAUUAGUACUUUGUUUUCUCUUCACUAAUAUAAUUCAAUGAAACCAGAUCAUAUAUAUUUCUUUCAA